AUGAAGUGGACUGUGGCUGUUUUACUACUUCAUUUGCUGCACAAUAUAAAGUGCGAGCAAUCCUAUGUGGUUAGCAAUGAAAAGCUGGAACCCUUUGAGGGCGAUUCCGAGACCUUGGUGAUCUUUAAUGGCCUGAAGACUGUCGGCCGGGAGAGAGCCCUCAAUGGAUCCUUCAAGUUCCUUGGUGAGAUGAACAACGAUGACUUCAAGGUCUCGGUGGAGCUCUACUCCAGUCCCAAUGGCGAUGGCGACUUCAAGCGUAUGGUCAUGGAUGUUCCACAGACAAGCAUUUGCGAGUGCUUCAAGAAGUUCUAUGUGCAGUUUGUCCAGCCUUCGGUGAAGCAGGGAGAGACCACCAAUUUCCCGCUGGUCGAUGAGGAUUUCUGCCCCAUUCCCGAGGGUGAUUUCUACAUUAAAAAUAUUCUCUUCAAUACCGACGACUGGCCGCAGCAAGUGCCUCGGGGAAUUGUCAAGGCGAUUAUAACGUUCUUCAAUGCAGGAAAAAAUGUUGGAGGUCUGAUAGUGGUUGUCAAAAUUGACGAUCGACAAAGUUAAGAGGAGCUAAAAAAGGUAGAGGUUCUGGUGGAUUUUAUUCUUUCUAUUUAGAUUGAGGAAAUGAAAUAAAGUUGGGGAGAUGAAAUUCGUUUACUUUUUAUAUUACCCAAUUAUUUAAACAUAUGUCAUAUUAGAAAAAAAAUUAAUAAAUGUCUUUGAAAGCGAAA